UCAUAUGGGUUGGGCUCUCAUACAGAGGCCUUGAAGAAGGAAAGACGCUGAAAACACCCAAAUCAGCUCCUCGCAUCGAAAACAUCAAGGGCUAUGUCCUCCGCAGCCACCACGCCUCCAUCAGUGGAUAAAGUAGACGGAUUUUCCCGGAAGUCUGUCCGGAAAGCCAAGCAGAAACGUUCUCAGAGUUCCUCACAGUUCCGCUCUCAGGGCAAACCAAUCGAACUCACACCUCUUCCGCUGCUCAAAGACGUCUCUGCUCAGGAGCAGCCGGAGUUGUUCCUGAAGAAACUUCAGCAGUGUUGUGCUGUGUUUGAUUUCAUGGACACUCUGUCAGACCUGAAGAUGAAAGAAUACAAGCGCUCAACCCUCAACGAGCUCGUCGAUUAUGUUACAGUCAGCCGAGGAUACCUCACAGAACAGGCCUACCCAGAGGUCGUCAAAAUGGUGUCCUAUAAUAUAUUCCGAACUCUUCCGCCCAGUGACAGUAAUGAGUUUGACCCAGAGGAGGAUGAACCCACUCUAGAGGCUUCAUGGCCACAUUUACAGCUGGUGUAUGAGUUCUUCAUUCGUUUUUUGGAGAGCCAGGAGUUUCAACCCAGCAUUGCCAAAAAGUACAUAGACCAGAAAUUUGUCUUACAGCUGCUGGAGUUGUUUGACAGCGAGGACCCACGGGAGAGAGAUUACCUGAAGACAGUCUUACACAGAAUCUACGGAAAAUUCCUGGGACUAAGAGCUUUUAUACGAAAACAGAUUAAUAAUAUUUUUCUACGUUUUGUUUAUGAAACUGAGCACUUCAAUGGAGUCGCAGAAUUGCUGGAGAUUUUGGGAAGCAUCAUCAAUGGCUUCGCUCUGCCGCUGAAGGCCGAGCACAAACAGUUUCUGGUGAAAGUUUUGAUUCCUCUUCACACCGUCAGAAGCCUCUCACUUUUCCAUGCACAGCUGGCGUAUUGUAUUGUACAGUUCCUAGAAAAAGACCCUGCAUUAACAGAACCAGUUAUCAGAGGUCUGCUGAAAUUCUGGCCUAAAACCUGUAGUCAGAAAGAGGUCAUGUUCCUAGGUGAGUUGGAGGAGAUUCUGGAUGUGAUUGAGCCCACACAGUUUGUGAAGAUCCUGGACCCUCUCUUCAAACAGAUCUCCAAAUGUGUCUCCAGCCCUCAUUUUCAGGUGGCUGAGAGAGUUCUGUACUACUGGAAUAAUGAGUACAUCAUGAGUCUGAUUGAGGAGAACUCCAAUGUGAUUCUGCACCACAUAUAAACCGAAAUACAGUAUGAUAAGCAGAAUCCAGUUUUCUUAACAAAGACGAAGCUGCAUGCAUAUAAACAAGAUCACCAUAAUCAAUAACACAUAAAAAAUUAUAGUUUUUUCUAACCUUAUAGGGAAAGCAAUUUUUGAAGCAAUAAAGGA